UCUUCACUGCCACCCGACGACCUCCUCUCCGUUCACCAGCAUGAAGAAAGCUGCGUCAGAUUCAGAAGGUGCUGCUCAAGAGUUGCAGAUAUUUCUGCCGCGCCAUGCUGGAAUUCAGAGCCUCCCAUUGUCUUCCAGGAUACCCAUUCCUUGCUGUCUGUGUUAUUUAUUAUUAUUGUUACAGCAUCAGUCAAGUAUAACUACUCUGCAGUUGUCAGGCCGUCAAAUCCUGCAAGCUCUGCCCAUUCGAUGUAACCUGUAACGAUCUGCAACACCAUUUAAAACAAUCCCAUGAUGAUGACCGCCAUGGAGUCCGACUUUUCAUCCUUUUUUUGCAUCCUUUUUCUUCCUCCUUUACUUGCAAAGUGAAAAGGGGUGGUUGUUCUCGGCUCCCACUUGCCUAGGUAGUCUGCUGCCCAUUUGGCCGUUUCCCUUGUCCCAGUAACGUUGCUGUGGCUGGCCGCUCUGUUUCCAUCUCGAUGCCGCUGGGAUGUCCGCAAGCUGUCUCUUCCCUUUAAAUUGAGCCCUGACUUGGGUGGAAUAUCUCAUUGGUGAGAAGACGAUGGAUUCGAGCUUCUGUUGGUGCUUGAUCAUUGUGGUUGGGCUUGUUGGCCACUUUGUCGAUGGUGGCGGAGGGAGCUCGCCGCCUGUUGUAGUUAGAGGCACCGUGUUCAUCAAUGGAAGUGUUGGUAUCGCUAAAACAGAUGCAAACUUCAUAUGUGCGACCUUGGAUUGGUGGCCUCCUGAGAAAUGUGAUUAUGGGACCUGUAGUUGGGGUCAUGCUUCACUUCUCAAUCUAGAUCUUAAUAACACCAUUCUGGUGAAUGCUGUCAGAGCGUUCUGGCCGCUGAAGAUUCGAUUGGGAGGCACGUUGCAAGACAAGGUAAUAUAUGAUGUAGGGGCGUCCGGGAAAUCCUGCAAUUCUUUCGUCGUGAAUGCUUCUGAGAUGUUUGGCUUCAGCCAAGGCUGUCUGCCGAUGGCUAGAUGGGACCAACUUAACAAGUUCUUCCAGAGAACCAGGGCGACGGUUAUCUUUGGACUGAAUGCGCUGAAUGGGAGAGUGACAUUGAAGGAUGGAUCAGUGGGAGGACCUUGGAAUUCAUCGAAUGCCGAGGCACUCAUUCGUUACACUAUAGAUCACCGCUACAGAAUCCACGGUUGGGAGCUUGGAAACGAACUGAGUGGAAGGGGGAUCGGUGCAAGCAUUGGAGCUGAUCAAUACGCAUCUGAUGUUGCUUCACUUCAUAAUAUGAUACACAAUCUUUACAGGGGCUCCAGAGUGAAGCCAUUAGUGAUAGCGCCUGGCGGUUUCUUUGAUGCUGCCUGGUAUCAGGAACUCAUCAUCAAAUCUAAGCGGAACCUGAUGGAUGUGAUUACACAUCAUAUUUAUAAUCUUGGUCCAGGCGUUGAUGAACAUCUGAUUGAGAAGAUCCUAGAUCCCGCCUACUUGGAUGGGGAGGCAAAGGUUUUCAGUGAUCUCCAGGGCAUACUAAGAAGUGCUUCAACUUCUACCAGAGCAUGGGUUGGUGAGGCUGGUGGAGCAUACAACAGUGGUCGCAAUCUUGUCACAAAUUCGUUUGUGUUCAGUUUCUGGUACUUGGAUCAGCUGGGCAUGUCUUCAAAGUUUGAUACAAAGGCUUACUGCAGACAGAGCUUAAUUGGUGGAAACUAUGGAUUACUCAACACAACUACUUUUCAACCAAAUCCUGAUUAUUACAGCGCUCUUCUUUGGCACCGAUUGAUGGGGAGAGUUGUGCUGUCGACCACAUUCUCUGGGACAAGCAGCAUCAGAGCAUACGCACAUUGCGCUAAAAACUUUAGGGGAAUCACACUUCUUUUAAUCAAUCUCAGCAGCAACACCACUGUUCAGGCUGUUGUUACAUCUGAAUCUUACAAACAGACGGCUGAAGUCACAGAAGUUGGCAGAAUGCCUGGAGCUUGGAGGAAAGGUGGACAGACCAGAGAGGAAUACCAUUUAACUGCAAAGGAUGGAAACCUGCAUAGCCACACUGUGUUGCUAAAUGGCAAGGCACUUGACGUAAGCCAGAGUGGAAGAAUACCCGCAUUUAACCCAAUAAUUGUCAGUGAAAGAGAGCCCAUAAGUAUUGUUCCUUUCUCAAUUGUAUUUGCUCGCAUACCCUACAUUGAUCCCUAUCCUUGUAGGAUCUAAGAUGCCUUGAUAUAAUUAUUCAUAUUUGCAGUUCAAAGAACUGCCACAUCAUUCUGUAAUUUUUCUUGGAACUUGAUUGCUGCAAGACCAUGUAGAAGAAUCGCAUGGGGAAGUUUCCCACGCAUGAAAUAAUGCAAUCUAGAUUUUGUUGGAAUGUUUA